CUACUUUAGGAGCAGGCCCUGCCCCUGGCAAGCGCAGAAACUGGACAACAGCAUGAAGAUCAGUUGCUAACAGAUGCUGCAGAGAAGAGGUGCCACAGUAAAGAACUUUCUAGUAAGAAGACAAGCUAUCAAAGGUCAAGACAAAGAGAGGCUGGACCACGUAGGUCCAGGACAGUAAGGCCACACCUCCUCUUUGUCGUCUUCUUUCCUCGGUGGCAGCACCCACAACUUCUCAGCACCCACUCUCCGAUCCUCUCCUGCUCCCCGUCCCAUCUCAGACAUGGACCGCUCGGUUCAGGACCUCUUCCUCAACUUCACAAUCGUCUUAAUCACUGUGCUGCUGAUGUGGCUGCUAGUGAAAUCUUACCAGGACUGAACCAUGGAGCAACAAGAGAGGAGAUGACGCCAGCAUGGUUGCUGUAGACCUUUGCUGCGGAUUGAUUCUUGUUCAGACACAGUGUUUACAUCUUUUCAUUCUUGUAGUCUGUGGUUACUGGUCUUGACCAGGGCUCUAGUAUUCCAGUGAGGUCAAAAAACAUGUGAUUGCUACAGCCAGAUAAGCAGAUUGUCAAUGACAAACUAGUCUUGGAUCAGCAUUUGUAUUCUGAAAUGUUUUUUGAACAUGGCCUUAAAUUUCUGGCAAGAUCCAAAGGGGAAGCCACAGAAGGGAUGGGAGGGUGAAUAAAAAUAAAUGAACAGGGGUUUGAGGCUCUACUUUUUUUACUGUGGACACCUUUAAAGUGAGGGCUAGAAAACACUGUAAUGUCACUAUAAAGAGUAGCAUAUAGCCCGUGUCAAAGUGUCAUUCACGUGACCUUUGAUACUUUGAACCAUGCUGUUGUGUCUAUUGUUCUGUUUUCACUAUGUGAUGAAUGUGCCAAAUGCAGAUGCUGUAUUUACCCAUAGAAGACAUCAACACAUAUAAUGAAGCAUUAUGUUUAUAUUCACUUCUUGCCAUUAAAUAGUCUUUCAUUUGUUGAA